AUGAAGAGUACAGGGUGCGUGAUACUAGUGUUGGCGAGAGUCGCGAGCGGUUUUCAACCUACAAGCACGGCUCCAACUCGUCGUCACACCACUUCUUCCCGUCCGCAUUUGCCUUUCCUGCUGCCACUUUCGGCAAGCGAUGCCAACGAAGCGUCACUAGACUCGUUGACGACGAACCAAAUCAAAAUGCUACGCAAGGAAAUGAACAAGAGGGAGGCAUCCAACCAAUUGUCACAGGUAUUUCUGAGCGCCGACGAAAGUUUUGGACCGUUUUCUCUGGAGACCGUCCAGUCCAUCGUUGCCGAACUCACGGAGCAAGAACUUGUGGAGGUACGGGGUAUUAGUCGGGAUAGGAAACGUGCAGUAAAGACCACCUCAGAGAGGUUGGCUUUAGAGUUGGGCAUGGAAAGUGGCAAAAACGUCUCGAUCGUACAGAUUAAAGGACAUGCUGCAACACUAUAUCGCCCGAGCGAGGACGCAUCGAACGCAAUUCAACUUCGUACUACGGGCAAAGGCAAUCAUUGGGAAAAGAAAGCAAAAGCUCCCAGAAACGACCGUGGACAUAUUAUAGUAGACUAG